UAAUAACUAGUAAGCAAACCAUAAAACAGUUUGCUGCUUAUAACUUCUAUCUCUUACAAGAAGAAGAAUUAGAACGAAAAAAAAGAAAUAAAAUUAAUGCAAACGUGCUUGUAAUUUGAUAAUUCAAAGAAGCCCCGCAUAACUAGGCGAGUCGUAGUUGAUUUUUUACUAUUACUGUCAAGAGUUUUAUGUACACAUUGUUGAAAUAAUUUUUGCUUAGGUGCCGUCAAUAAAUGUAAUAAAAGUAUUCUCUCUCUCCAGUCUCGCAUUGAAGCUCGUUUAGUAAAGGUGCUAACUGUUAACUUAUUAAAGUUCACCGUACCGUUGUUUGUCAGGUUGAAAACUAAAUUAAUAGCACAACAAAGUGAGAGAGUGAGAGAGAAAGUAGAGAAAGAAAAAAAAACUGACCACGUCUAAUUACUGGAAAUCAUGAACAUAUUUCGACUUAAUUAAGUGAUUUACUGGCUGUAAUACAGUUUUGAUAGUGCCACUUUGAAUAAUGUACGGGAAAGAGGAAAUUUAUUGGGCAAAUAUUGCGCUGUACGAUUCAUAACAAUUUUUUUUCUCUCCAUAUUUCGCCCCUCAUCGUUCGCAUUUUCCUCAUUUAAAUGCUUUGUGCGAGACUUCAUGUUGUGUGUGAGGUUGGUUGUAGUUGAUUCGUUUUUUUUUUAAAUAAAGGCUUUUAAAUGCUAUACCUGUGCAUGUGGUGUUUUUAUAUAAAGUUUUAUAUAAAAUACAAAUUAAAUUAUGGAUUCGAUUGAAAGUGAUUUAAAAAACUACAAGUCUCUCUUUGAAGAGAUAGCACAAAAUAAUAGUGAAAUAUACUUAGAAAAAUCAUUUCAAGAUGUUAUUCAAUAUGAUGAUACAGCAUGCUGUUGUUGUAAAAUUCAUCGUCAACAAAACCACAACUUUAUUGCAGGCGGUGCAAUUACAAAUACGAAAUCAUUUAAUCAGGCACCGAUAUACAAUACAAUAUGGCUAGGAGAGAUGAAAAAUGCUACGGAUUAUAUUGAAUAUCUGAAUGAAACGCGACGUAAUAGUUUUAGUAGUUUAAAUAAGGAUAAUCGAUCAAAUUAUUACAAUUUGAUGCGUAACGACUUCCCUAGCCACAACCAUGAUGAAGAACAGGCAGACACGAGUCGAGAAAGUGAUAAAAAUUUCCUGCAAGUGCCAAAGUUUGAUAAAUCCAGUGAGCAUAUGAGAAGGACACCAGAGUUUGAUGGCAUUUCGGAGAAAAUUGAUGAAAUUCAUAAACUAGAUUCGAGUGUUUCAUCUCUCAUUUAUAAGAGUAUUGAAGUUCAUGCUGAUAUUUUGUCUUUAGAUGCCACUGUGAGUCGUUUAUUAGCUGAGACAAGAAAGCUUCUUGAGGAUCUUGAAGAUGUAAAAAUCCUUGAUGAUAUCAUUGAUGUACUUAAUAGUGAAAGCAUUUUUUAUCCCAUCGUUCAUCGUGAGUGGAUGUUCCCAAUAACAAAUUCCAAUAAAAUUCCAAUUGAUGAGGGCGUUGUUGUUGUUGGCUCGUCAUGAGUGAACAAAAGAAACAAUCGAAAAAAAAUAUUCAAAUUGAUGAUAAAUCGAUUUCUCUUCACUUUCUUCAUUUUCUUUAAUUUAUUUAUGGAUUUAUAGAUAAGAAAAUAAAAAUGUUUGCAGAUUCAAGUUUAAUGUGUUUAUUCAAGAAUCACAAAAGGAGAAAAAAAAAAACUCUUGUAUGCAUAAUAAGGAUGUGUGUUUAUUUAAUAUUUGUCCAACAUUAUCAUAUUUCAUAUUAGGGAUGAGUAAGAUAAUAUUUGUUUGUGUCAUAGCUAUCGAUCGGACUUUUUAUGAGAUAUUCAAUCAGGCUUGUCAUAAAUGCUAAGCAAAUAAAUCUAUAUAUGCUAAGAUAUUCUAGAUCCAUCUUUGAUUUUAUCGUGCUUUGAAAGAUUCUUUGCUAUAAGAAUGCUCCUUAAACUAUGAAAUUGAAUGAUGCUUUAAGAUACUUUCUUGCGUGAAACUCUUACUAACAACUUAAGUUGUGCAACAAGUGCAAACAACAAGUGGAUCAUUGGAAAUGUUAAAUCAUUUUUUUUUCUUCAUCUCAAUGUGUUAACAACUCAAAAUCUAAUUGAUCCUUAUGUUCAGUUCUUCAAAAUAACAAGUCAUUGAAUGAACAAUUGAAGGGUUGAAAUAAUGCAGUUUUGAAAACUAAAUUCAAUAACAGCUUCAGGUAUAAAUCCUCUUUGAAUAAGAUGUUUAUAACAAUACUAGUUUAUAAUGAUUCUAAAAUUAAGAUUAUAGAAAUGCUGAAUUUUAUGAUCAUUUUGAUAAGUUCUACACAAU